CUUUAUCAUAAGAGAAGCCAAGGUAGCAUGAAUCACCAUCACCAAACAAGCAAAAAUGUGAAGUGGAAUCAUAACCGGUGACAGCAUCAUGCAAUCUGCAACGUCACCAGUAGAUGACACCAAAUCUUACAACUGUGGCUUUAAUGAAUGGACUGGAACACUGACGGGGUGUUGGCAGGAGCAGAAUGACAGGAAAGUCAUUUAGCAACAAUGAAGGAAGUUAUAAAAUUGUCCUUGUCAAAACAAGGAAAGCAUAUAAAAGAUACAAAGAAUACAAACUGUCCUUCACAACUUCACUUUCACACACAGGGAAGAACAGAAAGAAAGCAGACGAGAGAAUAGAGGAAAAGAAGAUCAUUGUCAGAGGAAGAAAAAAGCAAAGCUGUGAGCAAUAACAGUGUAACACAAGAGCUACAGUUUAUCCAAGAAAAUGAAGCUGAUCCUGAGACUUUCUAAUCUCUGUUUUCUUCUCUACUGUACAACCCAUGCAUCAGGUGUCACAAUCUGGUCUGAACCUGCUUUUGAUGGGGAGGGGAUUAUUGGCACAGAGCUGAACAGCGCUGUGUCUCUGAUUUGCCAGACCAGUCCAGGCACUCUGUCUGAAGAGGAACUAGUUUGGCUGAGGAACAAUGCCCGGGUCAGUCUCCUGGAAGGAAAUAAGAACGGACGCAGUGGCGUCUGUGUUACACCUGUCACCCAUGAAGACAACAGUGCAACUUUCACCUGCUACAUGGCCAGAAAUGCAUCAGUUACUGCCUCUGUCACCCUAAAUGUCACCUAUCCCCCAAUGCUCUCUGGGACUGACAAGAUAGCCAUCGCAGAAGGUGGAUCAUUUGUUCUGAGGUGUGAUACCUGGGCCAAUCCACCUGUUUCAUCUGUGACAUGGCUAUUAAACGGAACCACAGUGGAUCUGUUAGGAGACUUCUCAAUAACCACUGAUGGACGCACUACCCAGCUAAUUGCCAAGAGAGUGAAGAAAAGCGUGCAUGAGGGCUCGUACGAGUGUGUUGCCUUGUCUCCCAAAUAUGGAAAAUUUAGCAAGAUGUUUGAAGUCACUGUCAAUGAGAAAAGGCUGCCGUUCCCCCUGUUCCCAAUGAUAGCAGGGCUGGUGGUGGUCCUGUGCACCUUGCUGUUUGCCGUAGUUUCUCGUAGGAAGAAAAUUGCAAAGUGCUGCAAGGGAGUUUGCCAAAAGUAACAACCCUUCCAAGGUCAUGAGUCAUCUUUCUUUGCUUUUGUGCAUAAAAGACCGUGUAUUCUUUGAUGCAGUUGAUUCAUCCAUCAAUCCAUCCAUUUUCCAUACCCGCUUACUCUAAUCAAGGGUCACAGAGUGGGGCUCAAGUCUAUCCCAGCAGUUCCUUCAUGCAUUUUUUUCAGAAUUUUCAAGUACACCUUGUAGUUAUUAUGUGUUAUAUAAAUGUAACCAAUAUUUGCUAAAAUCUGAAUAAAAGUAGCCUCAGCUCUUCUGGAAGAUGUUGGACCAGAAUUAUUUUCCUUCAUGCACAUCAUAUGGUGAACUUUCACAGAAAUUUGUAAUGAUGAUUAGAAGGAGUUGCACUUAUGAAGUCAAUGUCACUGUAGGAUGUCAAAAUUAAAAGUCCAGUGAGUUCCCCUUGAA